AAUAGUUCUCGUAACAGGUAUGGCACACAAGUCUAUGUUUUCCAGGUUUUUUGUGCGCACCUACAACAGGUGUCUUGCAUGCACAUAUAAGCAUCAUAGUCAUCACUGGGAGCUUAUUUGUAAAUUUGUAAUACUCCAUCUGAUUCCCCACAGCCACAAGACCACAACAGAGAUGAAUCCCAAAAGAAAUCUUAGCAUAAAAGUUGUGAUGUUUCCAUGGCUUGGCCAUGGCCACAUAUCACCCUUUCUAGAGCUAGCCAAGAAGCUCUCAAGUAGAAACUUCAAAAUCUACAUUUGCUCUACACCAGCUAAUCUCAAUCCCAUCAGAAAUAAGUUACAUGAUUGCACUUCAAAUAUUGAGCUCAUUGAAUUCUCCUUACCAUCUUUACCUCAGCUCCCUCCUCAUUAUCACACAACAAAUGGCUUGCCACCCCAUCUCAUGAAAACUCUUACAAAAGCCUUUGUUUCAGCCAGCUCCAAGUUUUCACAGAUCAUAAACUCUUUGAGUCCAGAUUUAGUUAUAUAUGAUAUCUGCCUGCCAUCAGUGCCUAAGCUUGCUGCUGCUUAUCAGAUUCCUGCGGUUCAUUUCUUAACAUCAGGAGCAGCUACAGUCUCAUACAUGUUUCGUCUUCUGAAGAAUCUCCAGACCCCAUUUCCAUCCACAAGUGUGUUUCUUAAGGACUCUGAGUUGAGAAAGAUGGCUGAAGCUCAUCCAGGAGAGGGACAGGAAGAUAAAGAUCGCGUUUUGGAUUGCAUUAUGGACACGAAAGAUAUCUUAUUGAUCAAAAGUAGUAGGAACAUUGAGGGGAAAUAUCUGGAUUGUCUCUCCACGCUGAUCAACAAGAAGAUUGUACCAGUUGGUCCACUUGUUCAGGAUGUUCAUGUACAUGAUCAAGAAAAUGAUGAUGAGGAUGUCAUGAAAUGGCUAAACAAAAAAGAUGCUUGUUCUACUGUUUAUGUAUCUUUUGGCACUGAAAGUUAUUUAAGCAGGAAAGGAGUGGAAGAACUAGCUUAUGGGCUUGAGCUUAGCAAUUUGAAUUUUAUAUGGGUGCUUAAAUUUCCUGGAGGGGAUAAGGCUUUGGAGGUUCUGCCUGAAGGGUUUUUAGAGAGGACUGGAGACAGGAGCAAGGUUGUCGAGGGGUGGGCACCGCAGGCCAAGAUAUUGAGACAUUCAAGUAUUGCAGGGUUUGUGAGUCACUGUGGGUGGAGUUCAGUAAUGGAAAGUCUUAGUUUUGGGGUUCCAGUUAUAGCAAUGCCGCUGCAGAAUGACCAGCCUUUAAAUGCUAGGCUCGCGGUAGAGUUGGGGUUCGGAUUAGAGGUUGAGAAAGAUGAGAAGUUUGAGUUUGGCAGAGAAGAAGUAGCAAGAGUUGUGACACAAGUUGUUGUGGAUAAAGGUGGGGAAAACAUGAGGAGAAAAGCUCAACAGUUGAGUGAAGAAAUGAAAGUGAGGGGGGAGAGAGAAAUUGAUAGCGCAAUCAAACAGCUUAAAACUCUUGUCCAGAACAACAGGGCAAUGUAG